AGCCCACGAGUGUUUGGUCCGUUCCACGGUGACAUCAGUCUCAGCAGCAAGGAGAUUGCAGAGAGAUGCCCCCCGGCGUGGCAGACCGGGCGCCGCCGCCGCAGAGCCCGCUGCGCAUCAAGCAGAACGGCAAGUUCUACGAGAGGCUCCUCAGCAAGGAGAGCUCCGCGGCCAACCUGUCCAUCCGGUACUACUGGGCGGAGCCCGGCUCGGUGCCGUUCGUCUGGGAGUCGCAGCCGGGCACGCCCAAGGACGUCGCCCGGAUGGCCGCGGGCGCGCUCCCGGCCAUCACGCCACCCCCGUCGUACCUGCUGCGGCACGGCAACGACAAGGCAGGCGCCUCAUCACGGAAUGAUCAGCAGAGCAAGGCGGGAAAGAGCAGCAUGGAGCGGCACGGGCUCAAGCGGAUCACGAUGGGCUUCAUCGCCGGCAUCUUCCGGAGGCUCAGCCUCGGGAAGGCGUGGCGUCGGCCGGAGCCGCCAGUCAAGGUCUCCUCGCCCAGCCGGUGGCUGUUCUCCUCGGUGACCACGGGGGAGAGAGACGAGCACAACCACGACGAAGAGGCCGCCGUGGCCGCGCACGCGCAGCAGCACAAGACCGCGCUGUUCAGCUUCCGGGCGCGUCCAAGCCCGUGGCUGCUGCGCUUCCGCGGCUCCGGGAACCGGGACGGCAACGAUGUCUGGGCGUAGAACUGUCGCUGUCAAGCGUGGUGCCGGGAAGGGAAUCAGAAAUCAGUAAGCUGUUUGUUAUGGUUACGAAAGAUGUUGACGAUUGUGAGAGUUCUACCUCCAGCAAGGUCGACUGUUUGGUGCUGCCUAUGCUGCACGAAAAAU